AGUUAUAUUACAGUACGUUUGAGUCUAUCGGCUUUUAUGCGUUAUUAAAAAUGAGUUUUUUUAUAAUAUCAUUGUUUGUAUAUUUAACAAUAAAUGGACAGGCGGGAGCCUCUAAAUGUAAAAUUGCUCAGGCGUGUAUAACUGAUUUGUCGCAGAGUGAUUGUGAUGCAGGUUCUGUUUUGGUUCCCAACACCUGGAUAAACGGUUGCUGCCCCAGCUGCACAAACCCUGAUGAUGGAGGCGACGAGGACGACGACGAUGUUAAUCCGACGGAAGUUUGCAGACCGCCAUCUAAUUGUCUAGAAAAUGGCCAGUACGCACCAGUGCAAUGCAAAGGUGAUACAUUUACCGGAAGAUGCUUCUGUUCCGACGAAAAGGGAAACAGAAUAUUUGGACAAAUGUGGAGGAGUGAGGCGCAAGAUAUGAAAUGUGCGUGCAGUCGCAGGAGACAUGAGAUAGAAAACAGCGAAAAACGUAUCUCAACUUUACACUGCUCACCCUCCGGUGACUAUGAGCGUCUACAAUGCGAUAACGGCAUAUGCUGGUGUGCUGAUCCGUCCACAGGCCAGCCGACAGCACCCCCACUACCACAAGAAGAUAUGAAGAUAUUACCCUGCCACAGCGCUGGUUUGAUUGGAGAAAAUUAUUUGAGAAGAUGCGAAAGUAUUGUAAACGCUCUUGCUGGUAUUGCAAAGGAUCAAGCUGAACACGGAACAAAUUUCUUAGGAAAUCCGACUACCUUCUGUGAUUACGACGGAAGCUAUGGACCAUAUCAGAUACAAAAUGGAAUUGCUUACUGCACGGGGCGAGACGGAAAAAUCCUGGGAUCUUGGCAGGUAGUCUCAAGCUCAAUGGCUGGAAUGAAUUGCAAUUGCGCUCGCGAUACAAUGAUUUACCUCCCAGAAAAAGGCAUGACAGUGUCUGAAGUUUGUUUACCGAACGGCAACUAUCGCGCUUAUCAGAACGCUGGAGAUGUUCCAUACUGUGUCGACUCCGACGGUUACCCCAUCGAAAGAGACCAGUGGCCGCGAGAAUGCAUCAAUAAUACUCCGGCGCCACAAUAGAAAAAAAUUAUAUAUCUUAAACCUUCAUUAUUUCAUAUAACGUUACGUAUAUCAUACAAAUUAUAAUAAAAUAUAAAAUAAGUUUAAAAUAUAUAUAUAUAUAUUAGUACUGAAAUAGAUAGUAUACUAGCCUUAUUAUUGCCUUAAUCAUUAAUAAAAUAAAUUAUUUAUAUAUUUAACCAUUAUAAACAAUAUACAUCACCUCUCUCCCCACUACUUAAUAUUAUUAAAAUUCACAAACCAUUGAUACGUACAUUACAAACGUAAAGUUGUAUGGUGCUAGCGUCGCGCAACGCAUGUCACCGUAAGCCGGGCGGCUGUCAACACGCCGCGCGCGCCCACCCAUCUGAAACACGGCUCAGGUUACUGCUGCUGCAACCGCACUUCACUUCCGCAACGGCGACCUUCGACAAUCGAUAUUUUUUACGAUAUCCAGUUUCUAAGUUGACAAAAUUUUAUCAUAAUUUGUAACAGUACACCAAUAUAUUCAGUUUCAAAUA